AUGUUUACUGAUUUAACAAAUCAAGUAUGUACCUGGAUGGACAAUCUUAAAAAAUUGAACAAUACUGAAACGCCUGAAGAAAAUCAGGACAAAACAUAUUGUAAUGAUAUUUCAACAAAUUUAAUAAACCAAUUAGAAGAAAUGGGCGAUUGGCUAGGUAGUAAUAUACCAAAAUUCUUUGACAUAACAAGUGAAGAAAAAAAUAUAAAUACUACGGAAGUUCAAACAAAUACAAUAGAGAAAACCAAUAUGGCCAUUCAAUCUAAUAAGAUUGAAGAGAAAACACUGAUAGAUAAAGUUGAGAUGACUAUGGACCAAUUAAAAAAAUCUUUUAAGAGGACGCCGAUUCUACCCAAAUUUAAUGAAGAACAAAGGGCAUUCAUUAAGAAUAAAAAGGAGGUAAGCUCCACCCCUCUGCCGCCCUGGGCAGGUUGCCUCAAUGAAACAGGAAUAAAAGAGGAAUGUUUAGCAAUCUCCUUAGACGAACGGAAUUUCCUGCGGAGCCCUCCAGAGGGCAUAGAGUAUGUGUUCAACUACGAUAUAUCCUAUCCAGUUGCAUUUGCAGUUUUGAAGCAAGAUAAUAAUUUGGAAAAAAUGAGAUACAAAUUGGUGCCCUCAAAUAUUUCAGAGAUUAAUUUUUGGAGGAACUAUUUCUACAGAGUCAGCUUGAUAUUAAAGGCUAAUGAGAUUAGUUUAAACGAAGUUGCUGAGCCCAAUAACGAUAUUAUGAGAGAGGAAGUUUGCCUGGAGUACAAAUCAAAUGAAGAAGACUGGGAAAGAGAAUUAAAUGCUGAGUUGUUAGAUUACGAAAUCAUAGAAAAUAUUGAAUAA